AUGAUUCCAGAAGAUGGAAGAAGAAACCCGGACUAUGUUAUCGGACUUUUGAAAAGAGAGAACUCCCCACUGAGCCGUGCUAUGGAUAUUCCUGCUGGAAUCUCCUGUACCCCACUGGAUACAGGUGAUCAUGUUUUGUUCCCUUUCCUUAUCCUUGAGGCUAAGUCAGGGGAGUAUUGCCCCGAUUUCUCUGCGAUUGAGAAACAAACAGCUUUUCCGAUCAGAAAGCUGGUGAAUCUUCAGAAAUCGAUAGCAAGAAGAACGGAAGAAAGGAGCCAUUAUCCAAUAGUAUGGUUUUUGGCCUUUAAGGGCGAGGACUGGAAAAUCCAUGGCUGUAUUCCCACUUCCGGUGAAGGAAUACGAAUCAUCCAACUCUGGAAUGGCGAUAUUCGCCGGGCCGAUUGUGCAUUGCAGUUAUUCCUGAUAGUCGACAUGAUCUGUGACUGGGCUGCGGACAUUUACUUGAACGGAGUUAUAGGUUGGUUGUCUGCUGCCAUAAGUGCUGUUCCAGAUGGGGGUGAUACCGACAGUGAAGACUGGUCUGAUGCAAAAUCUCAAGUGGGGGAGUUACUUGGUGAACAGGGCACUAUUGAUAUUUUUGAUGACCCGGAGCACCAUACCGAAACAGUGACUACCUACUCCUCUGCGGCAUCCCCAACACUAUUUCCUAUGCCAGGAGGGUUAACAAUUGAUUGGGACAUGCCCCUAAUUCCUCCACCUCGCGGACAAAAUUCUGUCACUCGCAACGUGAAUGAGAUCUCUUUCUCGUUUCAUCACCUUACAUUGCCCGAGUCAAUAGAAGAACUUGCUGCAUUUUUAUCGAUUUCUGGCCCACAAUCUGAGAAUAUCGCUCAAAAUGCAGCAAAACUACUAAGCCUAUUCAAUCAGCUGUGUCCUAUUCAGGUCACAGGGAACUUCGUGUCUAGUUUGGAAGAGUUCUGGACCGAAAACCCUGGUACUAGGUCGCACCCAAUGCUCAACCACGAUGAACUGAUGUAUACUUAUAUAUCAUUCCGAUUGCAUGCCCUACCAGAUGAGUCUCUUAUUAUGAGGGAUUUAUCCUGCAUCAUCGCAUCGGCUAAUGCUAUCAGCACUUUGCAUUCUAUUGCAGGAAAAAAGCGUUCGAUACUUAUUGGGAGUCAGAGGCAUUAUCUGCAGAAUCUAGAUAUCGUGACCCCACUGAAGAAGCUAGCCAGCUCGGAAUCAUUCCACACAGCUUCUCGAACCACUUAUCUUUCCUUGUGCGUUACAAAGGAUCCAUCAGAUCCAACCCGCACAUUUUCAUGGACUUCAGAUAGCCCACGUGGAAAAUAUAUCUCCGGACUUUGGCAGAAUCUGGAAGCUGGGACACCCGGAGCUCAUCUUUCCCCAAUUCUGGGAAGCUCCAAAGCAAGCUACAAAAUGAACAGUUAUGACAAUGGCCUGCUCCGCUCGGCUUCGUUCGAAUAA